AUGCAUCCAAAGGACCGGGAUCACAUCGACAAGGCGAUAUCUGCCAGCCGCGAGGUCCUCGAACGUGCCACAGCAAUGCUUGUAGAAGGAAGACUGAGAUAUGCACCCCGUCGAACUCGUGUUUGCAUCAUUUCAGCAUCGACUCUCCUUCUGAAAGCUAUCAGUCUUGGUGGCAGUGCACACGACUUGAAAGUCAAGAUGGGAAAAUUGGAUCAGUGCAUUGCUGCGUUACGAUUGUGCGGCAUUGAUGACUUGGAUUUCUUGUCUCGAUAUGGCGAACUCAUUGAACAACACCUGCAACGAUUCCGCGACCAGUUCAUUUUGCUGCCGGAUUGUGGUGGCCCUGAUCAACCUGGCGAGGGUUCCACCGCCGUGGAGCCUACUGGAGAUGAUUGGAAAGUGCGACCGUUCGAUCCCAGGAUUGCUCCAUGGAAGUCGGACAGCAAGGCAAUCCCGCUAGGAAUUAGUUUCGACUCUCUUGAUUUUUUGCUGUGA